AUGACAAAAAGAUAUUGGAACAUCACUUUUGAAGAGAUGAUGGAAGCUGGGGUUCAUUUUGGCCAUGAGCCUAGGAAAUGGAAUCCUCGAAUGGCACCUUUUAUAUCGGGAAAACGUAAAGUCGAUUCAGUAACGCGGGCUGCAAUAAGAGCUCGAUGUCAUUAUGUUAAUAAAAAAUGGCUCAGAGGUAUGUUAACGAAUUGGUAUACUACAAAAACGAGAUUUCGUGAGUUCAGGGACUUGAGAACGGAGCAAAAGACGGGGAAAUUGAACUCUCUUCCAAAAAGAGAUGCCACUAUGUUGAAGAGACAAUUAUCUCAUUUGGAAAGAUAUCUAGGCGGUAUAAAAUAUAUGACAAGAUUACCUGAUAUUGUAAUAAUCCUUGAUCAGCAAGAAGAAUAUACGACUCUUCAAGAAUGUAUCACUUUGGGAAUUCCAACGAUUUCUUUAAUUGAUACAAAUUCUGACCCAGAUCUUGCAGAUAUUUCAAUUCCGGCUAAUGAUGAUGCUAUAGCUUCCAUCAGAUUAAUCCUUAACAAAUUAGUUUUUGCAAUUUGUGAGGCUCGUUCUAGCUAUAUACAAAAAAAUUGA